AGAAGAGAGAAAGUCAAACAAAAACAGUAAUUUCUCAAGAAUUAAUUCUUUGCAAUUUCUUAUCUGUUUCAUUUUACACCUUUUCUUUUUGUAUUAGUUGUAAAAAACAGUUUAAUAAAAAGAGUCUUAAGACAUUACUCAUUUUCAAUGACAGAAUUGUUUGAGGAAAAGAUGACAUGAUGUCAUACUCGUACAAAUAAUCCCUAUAUCAAAAAAGAUAUAGACAACAUGAUAAUGUGUGUAACAUAGGAUUUUGCAGUCAUAAUGAACGAGCGCAUUUUCAUAAAUAAUGUUAAUUGUGAACAGCCGCCAAAUGCAAGCGGUGGAAUUGUUCCUGAUACCAGUCCUAACGCAUCCAAUGCUACAACUCCCACAUCGACACUGAAGGAGAAGCGCAACUGGUUCCAAUCGCUAACAAGGCGAAAAAAAUCUCAAUCCCAGGUCUCGUUGGCUGACAUACCAUCAACAUCUAGACAAGUACCACAGAUACAAAAUAACAACAAUGAGCCUGUGCAAGUGACAUGUACACGAAACGUUACAGCAAUCAAGGAAGCAAAUAUUACUAAUGAUGCUAAUGCUUCUGGGCGGAAGCGCAAAGAUGGAAAGAACGUUUUUCAAAGGCUGCGUAAGAGAAUGGGCUUAAGAUUUUCUUCUUUGCGAAAUCGAAAUGAUGAAACUGAUAAUUCUGAAUUUGGAGUAGCCUGUGCUUCGGGUACAAUAAAUGCUGCCGAUGAAUUCUCAACUCAUUCACCUAUACAUGAACCACAGCAAUGUGUACAAAACAUAGCAAUUGAAGAGGAAGAAAUUGUACCAUUUACUAUUAGUUAUAAACGAUUUAUUGCGAAAAAAUGGUUGGAAAAUGAAGAAAGGCCAAACCGAGUAAUGUAUACUGCAAGUUCACAAAUGUUAAGCCAAGUUUGGUACUGGGGCGAGAUAUCGCGAUUAGACGCUCAAAAACAACUGAGUGACAAACCCACCGGUUCAUUUCUGGUACGCGACUCGGAAACACGUGGCUGUCAGUUUACGCUUAGCUUUCGUAUGGUGAAUGUGACGUUUCAUUAUCGUUUGGAAUAUCAUGAUGAUUAUUGGCACUUUGAGGAAUUACAAUAUGAGUCCAUAGUAGACAUGAUAAAGGAUAUACUUGACCGUUGUACCAAUGACAAUUUUGUAUGCUUCGUAAAAGUUCCAAAUGAGUUGCAACCACCUUGUCCGGUCAUACUGAAGUAUCCACUAAGUCGAUAUUUCCAAAUGCCACAAUUACAGGACUUGUGUCGACGCGUUAUACAACAACAUGCUGCAGCAGAAGAAAUCGCAAAGCUGCCCAUUCCACCAAAACUUCAUGAUUAUUUAAGUGUUCGACGAGAGUUAGUUUUUCACAGUUAAUCAAAAACUCAUUAUUUUAUAAGAAGAAAAUAUAGGCUAGCAAUAUUUAUUUACAUGCUACUUUUACUACCCUAAUUUAGUAGUUUUAUUAUAUAUUUAAGUUAUUUUAAGAAGUGUUAACUAAUAAUUUAAUUCAGACGUAUUAGUAAUAUUAAAGAUAUGUAAAAGCCAAAGUAAGGAUAUACAUACACAACAAAAAUUAUUUGUAUAUUAGAUAAAUUCAACAAAACAAAUAUGUUCGCUAUUAGAUUUAUAGUAAUAUGCACACAUAAGUAUAAAUAAUGUGCCAAUGUAUAUAUAUUCCAAUCAAUUUCCAUUUAGUAUAGUUCAAUUUGAAAUGUAAAAUAAUCAUGAAAUAAUUUAGUAAACUCAUAAACAAUCCAAGUCCAAAGAUAUACUUUUGUUACUGUUGAAAAAUAAAAAUAAAAAAAUAAUAAUGUAUGAUGCAAGAAUAUAUAUUGAAUAUGCAUUUAAACAGUGAAACUGUUAAGUUAUAUGGUCACAAAAUUCAUCACUUUAUUUUAAGAUAUGCGCAUAUAUGUAAAUUAAAUACAAAGCGCCGUCAUUAAGCUUUAUCUCAUAUUGGUAUUAUUUAUUACCUUAAGUCAGAUAAUAACAGUUAGUUGUAAGUUGAAUCCCUAAUCACAAACUGCAUAAAAACCUACUGACUAUGGAGGGAACCAAACGCAAUAUAUUGCAAACGAUACGCACAAAUUGUAUUUAUCUAUUAAACAAUAAAUUCAAUUCUAGAUUAACCAUUAACCUAUGCCUAAGAAUAUAUACGACGUGUGUUCAAAAAUAA